AUGACCAGUGACAGUGAACAAUACCAAUCCUACCACACAUUGUUAAGGCUUUUCUCAUAUGGAACUUAUAAAGAUUACAAAGAUAAUGUUGAAACAUUACCACCAUUGGAUGAUGCGCAAUUAAACAAACUUAAACAUUUGUCAAUUGUCUCUUUAUCCGAAGAAGCACGAACAAUUCCAUAUGAUACAUUAUUAAAAUACUUUGAUAUACCUAAUGUUCGAGAACUCGAGGAUUUGAUUAUCGAUGCAAUAUAUCAAGAUGUUAUUAAAGGUAAAUUAGAUCAGAAAAGAAAGCAACUUGAGGUUGAGUAUACAAUGGGAAGAGAUUUACGUCCAGGGCAAAUAGAUCAAAUGUUACAAGUUUUAAGUGCCUGGUCUCAAACAUCCGAAGAAAUUCUAAAAUCAAUUGAUGCAAAAAUCAUUAAAAUUCGAAAUUCUAUUGAUCAACAUAAUAGCAUGGAAUAUCAUGAUGAAAAUUUUAAAGGUGGUAGAACAGGAAAAAGGUAUGAUAUCAAACUUACUCACUUUAUUAAAUAA